AUGCUGCUCUCCAGAAGAGACCUACAGCAGUGGUGUUUCGCUCUCUUCUUACUGUGCUCUCCAGUGCCACAUUACGGACGACCCAUCAAUGCACUGAGCAACAGAAUAAGGCGCUCUGUGACACAUGCCCAGCUGAUGCACGACAAAGGCCGGACUCUGCAAGAUUUCAAACGGCGCAUGUGGCUCCAGGAGCUUCUGGACGAGGUGCACACGGCGGAGAUCCGUGACUUACCGAUCCGCACGACCAGCAGUGGCGGAAGUACGAGCGGCGCAGGUGGGGGUUUGUCUGGAGGAAGUGUGGACAUCAACCUGAGCACCACAGGCAGCACGCUGCACUCCAAACCCCCGGGAGGAACCAAGAACCUGCCCCUCAGCUUCGGGCUGCCCGAGGAGGACGCCCACCUGCCCCAGGAGACCAACAAGUCUCACACGUACAAAGACGGGAACCUCAAGACCACGAGCAAAAGGAAGAAGAAAGGCCGUUCUGGGAAGCGACGGGAAGGGGACAAGAGGAAGAGGAGAGCGCGCUCACUCGAGUGGUCUUUGGAGGAAGACCACGGCAGUGGAAGACACGCGGAGUGGACGUCUCUGCUCGGCCUGCAGAGGGCGCUGCAAUAA